AGGUGGGGGAAGGGGGAAGCGGCGGAGGUGGAAUAACCAGCAGCUGUUACGGUUCCUAUCAUCAUCAUCAUCACCUCCCCUCCGGCGGCCUGUGAUCCCCGGGAAGAGCAGGAAGGGGGGACACCCCGGGCCGGGGCGAUGGCGGCUCACAAGCCGGUAGAAUGGGUGCAGGCCGUGGUGAACCGCUUCGAAGAGCAGCUUCCAAUUAAAGCCGGGCAGCAGAAUACACACACCAAAGUCAGCAUGGAGCACAACAAAGAGUGUCUCAUAAACAUUUCAAAGUACAAGUUUUCUCUGGUCAUAAGUGGGCUUACACACAUCUUAAAAAAUGUAAACAACAUGAGGAUAUUUGGAGAAGCUGCUGAAAAGAAUUUAUAUUUGUCUCAGCUGAUUAUAUUGGAUACACUGGAAAAAUGUCUUGCUGGGCAACCAAAAGACUGUAUGCGAUUGGAUGAGACGAUGCUUGUCAAGCAACUGCUACCCGAGAUAUGCCAUUUUAUUCAUACCCAUCGAGAGGGCAACCAGCAUGCAGCGGAGCUCCGGAUUUCUGCAUCAGGAGUCCUGUUUUCUUUAAGCUGCAAUAAUUUUAAUGCGGUUUUCAGUCGUAUUUCUACAAGGCUACAAGAACUUACGGUUUGCUCAGAGGAUAACGCUGAUGUUCAUGAUAUAGAUUUGAUACAGUACAUCAAUGUGGACUGCGCAAAACUUAAAAGACUUUUACAAGAGACAGUCUUUAAGUUCAAGUCUCUUAAGAAAGUGGCUCAGCUGGCGGUUAUCAACAGUCUUGAAAAGGCGUUCUGGAAUUGGGUAGAGAAUUAUCCUGAUGAGUUUACCAAAUUGUACCAGAGACCUCAGACUGAUAUGGCAGACUGUGCAGAAAAGUUGUUUGACCUGGUGGACAAUUUUGCUGAAAGCAACAAGAGAAAAGUAGCUGUUUGGCCCUUGCAGAUAAUUUUACUAGUUCUAUGUCCUGAAAUUAUUCAAGACAUUUCGAAGGAGGUUGUGGAAGAAAAUAAAUUGAACAAGAAACUGUUCCUUGAAAACCUCAGGAAAGCUUUAACUGGGCAUGGAGUAGGAAAACCACUGACCGAAAGUGCUGCAAUUGCUUGUGUCAAGUUGUGCAAAGCUUCCACAUAUGUUAAUUGGGAGGAUAAUUCCGUCAUAUUUCAUCUAGUCCAAUCUUUAGUCAUUGACUUGAAGAAUUUGCUGUUCAAUCCCAGCAAGCCUUUCUCUAGAGGUGCAGGAAAUCAGAAUGCAGAUGUGGAUCUCAUGAUCGACUGCCUUGUUUCUUGCUUUAGGAUCAAUCCUCACAACAACCAGCAUUUCAAAAUCUGCUUGGCACAGUCCUCGCCUUCAACAUUUCAUUAUGUGUUAGUUAACUCUUUGCACAGAAUUAUCACAAAUUCUGCACUGGACUGGUGGCCCAAGAUCGAUGCUGUUUAUUGCUACUCAGGAGAACUCCGCAGCAUGCUAGCUGAAACGCUCAGAAUUGUCAUGCAGUUACAUACACCGAUCCGUCUGACGCCGUGUGCUGGAAUUUUUCCUCAGAGUCUUACCUUUAAAGAGAAAAUGCCAUACCUUAAAUUUAAAGAGAAGCCCACUGACAUGGAGACCAGAAGUUAUAAAUACUUGUUGCUGUCAAUAGUUAAACUCAUCCACGGGGACCCAAAGCUGCUUUUGUAUAACCCAGGAAAACCAGGACCAGACACACAAAACAGUACAUCAGAAUUAAUAACUGGUUUGGUACAGCUAGUCCCACAAACAAACAUGCCUGAGAUAGCACAAGAAGCCAUGGAGGCAUUGUUGGUCCUACAUCAAUCAGACAGCAUUGAACUGUGGAAUCCCGAUGCACCAGUAGAGACCUUCUGGGAAAUAAGUUCCCAAAUGAUUUUUUACAUCUGUAAGAAAUUGACGGGCCACCAAAUGCUGAACAGCACAGAAGUCCUCAAAUGGCUGCGAGAAAUAUUAAUUUGCAGAAAUAAAUUUCUUCUUAAAUACAAGGAAAGUGCUGCAGCUGGAAGUGGAAUUCCAAUAUGUCGGCAAGCUCAGACUAAAUUGGAGGUUUCUCUCUACAUGUUUCUCUGGAGUCCAGAUAUAGAAGCAGUUCUUGUAGCAAUGUCAUGUUUCCGAAGCUUGUGUGAAGAGGCUGAAAUUCGGUGUGGAGUGGAUGAAGUGUCGGUCCAGAAUUUUUUGCCAAAUUACAACACCUUCAUGGAGUUUGCAUCAGUCAGCAACAUGAUGUCAACUGGCAGAGCAGCUCUACAGAAGCGAGUUAUGGCCUUACUUAGAAGAAUAGAGCAUCCUACUGCAGGGAACACAGAGGCAUGGGAAGACACACAUGCAAAGUGGGAGCAAGCAACAAAGUUAAUCUUAAACUUCCCAAAGGCUAAACUGGAAGAUGGUCAGGUGACAGAGAGCCUUCAUAAGACCAUAGUGAAGAGGAGAAUGUCUCAUGUGAGCGGAGGAGGGUCUAUAGAUCUUUCCGAUACGGACUCUCUACAGGAGUGGAUUAACAUGACUGGGUUUCUUUCUGCCCUUGGUGGAGUUUGCCUGCAGCACCGCAGCAAUGUUGGGCUUGUCACAUACAGCCCACCCAUGGGCCCUAUAAAUGAACGUAAAGGCUCUGUCAUCUCAAUGGUAUCCACUGAAGGAAAUGCUGAAACCCCUGUCAGCAAGUUUCUUGAUAGGCUUCUAUCUUUGAUGGUGUGCAACAAUGAGAAAGUUGGCGUGCAGAUACGAACAAACAUUAAAGACUUGGUUGGUUUAGAAUUAAGCCCUGCAUUGUAUCCAAUGCUGUUUAACAAAAUGAAGAACAACAUCAGCAAGUUCUUUGACUCCCAAGGGCAGGUUUUACUUAAUGACACCAAUACCCAGUUUGUUGAGCAGACGAUUACCAUUCUGAAGAACCUGCUUGAUAACCAUACAGAAGGCAGCUCAGAACAUCUGGGACAAGCCAGUCUUGAGACCAUGAUGCUAAAUCUUGUCAGAUAUGUUCGUGUACUGGGGAACAUGGUGCAUGCCAUUCAGAUCAAGACAAAGCUUUGUCAACUGGUGGAAGUGAUGAUGGAACGAAGGGACGACCUUUCUUUUUGUCAAGAAAUGAAAUUCAGGAAUAAAAUGGUUGAGUACUUGACCGACUGGGUGAUGGGGACAUCUAAUCAAGCAGCAGACGAGGAUGUGAAAUGCCUCACCAGGGACCUAGAUCAGGCAAGCAUGGAGGCUGUGGUGUCUCUUCUUGCUGGACUUCCUCUUCAGCCUGAGGAAGGAGAUGGAGUAGAAUUAAUGGAAGCCAAAUCCCAGUUGUUUCUCAAAUAUUUCACACUGUUCAUGAAUUUACUAAAUGACUGUAGCGAGGUAGAGGAUGAUGGUACCCAGACUGGGGGCAGGAAGAGAGGAAUGUCUCGCCGAUUGGCUUCCUUGAGACAUUGUACUGUCUUGGCUAUGUCCAAUCUGUUAAAUGCUAAUGUUGACAGUGGCCUCAUGCAUUCAAUAGGUCUUGGCUAUCAUAAGGAUCUACAAACAAGAGCUACCUUUAUGGAAGUCCUUACAAAAAUUCUUCAACAGGGGACAGAAUUUGAUACAUUGGCUGAAACAGUUUUAGCUGAUCGCUUUGAAAGACUGGUUGAAUUAGUCACCAUGAUGGGUGACCAGGGGGAAUUACCGAUUGCCAUGGCUUUAGCCAAUGUAGUGCCCUGCUCACAGUGGGAUGAGCUUGCACGUGUCCUUGUGACACUCUUUGAUUCCAGACAUCUCCUGUAUCAGCUUUUGUGGAACAUGUUUUCUAAGGAAGUCGAGCUAGCAGACUCCAUGCAGACUCUAUUCAGAGGAAAUAGCUUGGCUAGCAAAAUUAUGACCUUUUGUUUUAAGGUAUAUGGAGCAACCUACCUUCAGAAGCUUUUGGAACCUUUACUGAGAGUUAUCCUUACAUCUCCAGAGUGGCAGCAUGUCAGUUUUGAGGUCGAUUCUACAAGGUUGGAUGGAGUUGAAGUCCUUGAAGAAAAUCAACGUUGGCUUCUGCAGAUGACUGAGAAGUUUUUUCAUGCCAUUAUAAACUCUACUCAUGAAUUCCCUACUCAGUUGCGGAGUGUGUGCCAUUGUUUAUAUCAGUCUGUUCAUACAGCCAAAGGUAGACUGCCUGAUCUUCCUAGAAUAUGUCCUCACCAAGCACUGCAUAAGGCAACUUGCCACUCCCUACUGAAUAAAGCUACCGUUAAAGAAAAAAAGGAAAACAAAAAAUCAGUUGUAAGCCAGAGAUUUCCGCAGAACAGCAUUGGUGCAGUUGGAAGUGCCAUGUUCCUUAGGUUCAUUAAUCCGGCCAUUGUCUCUCCUUAUGAAGCAGGGAUAUUGGACAAGAAGCCACCACCAAGAAUUGAACGUGGCUUGAAAUUAAUGUCUAAGAUUCUCCAAAGUAUUGCCAAUCACGUCCUAUUUACCAAGGAGGAGCACAUGCGUCCAUUCAAUGAAUUUGUAAAAAGCAACUUUGAUGCAGCUCGAAGGUUUUUCUUUGACAUUGCAAAUAAUUGUCCCCCAAGUGACACAGUUAACCACAGCCUCUCCUUCAUUACGGAUGGAAAUGUGCUUGCCUUACAUCGGUUGCUCUGGAACAAUCAGGAGAAGAUUGGACAGUACCUUUCUAGUAACCGGGAUCAUAAAGCUGUUGGUAGGCGGCCAUUUGACAAAAUGGCAACCCUGCUUGCUUAUCUUGGCCCCCCAGAACACAAACCAGUUGCUGACACACAUUGGUCAAGUUUAAACCUCACAAGUUCCAAGUUUGAAGAAUUUAUGACCAGACAUCAGGUACACGAGAAAGAAGAAUUUAAAGCAUUAAAGACUCUAAACAUAUUUUACCAAGCAGGAACUUCGAAGGCUGGAAAUCCAGUUUUUUACUACAUUGCAAGGCGGUUCAAGACUGGUCAAAUAAAUGGUGAUUUACUGAUUUACCAUGUUCUGUUGACUUUAAAGCCAUACUAUGCCAAGCCAUAUGAGAUAGUGGUAGAUCUCACACAUGCUGGGCCCAGCAAUCGUUUCAAGACAGACUUCCUUUCUAAAUGGUUUGUGGUUUUUCCUGGCUUUGCUUAUGAAAAUGUGACAGCCGUUUAUAUCUACAACUGUAACUCCUGGGUGAGAGAAUACACAAAAUACCACGAGAGGCUGUUGACUGGACUAAAGGGUAGCAAGAGGCUUAUUUUUAUUGACCCAUCAGGAAAGUUGGCCGAGCACAUAGAACACGAUCAGCAGAAACUCCCGGCAGCCACACUGGCUUUGGAAGAGGACUUGAAGCUGUUCCAUAAUGCACUUAAACUGGCCCACAAAGACACUAAAGUGUCCAUAAAAGUUGGUUCUACAGCUGUCCAGGUCACGUCAGCUGAGAGAACACGGGUCUUGGGACAGUCUGUGUUCCUGAAUGAUAUUUACUAUGCGUCUGAAAUUGAAGAAAUCUGUUUAGUGGAUGAAAAUCAGUUCACCUUAACCAUUGCCAACCAAGGAACACCUCUCACAUUCAUGCAUCAGGAGUGUGAAGCCAUUGUCCAGUCUAUAAUUCACAUACGGACUAGAUGGGAAUUAUCACAACCAGAUUCUAUACCCCAACACACUAAGAUUCGUCCAAAGGAUGUUCCAGGAACACUACUCAACAUUGCGUUGCUUAACCUGGGGAGUUCUGAUCCAAGUCUACGGUCUGCUGCCUAUAACCUUCUGUGUGCCUUAACAUGUACCUUUAAUUUAAAGAUUGAAGGGCAGUUAUUGGAGACUUCGGGUCUUUGCAUCCCAGCCAACAAUACACUUUUCAUUGUCUCCAUUAGCAAGACACUGGCAGCUAAUGAACCCCACCUUACCCUAGAAUUUUUGGAAGAGUGCAUUUCUGGCUUCAGCAAAUCUAGUAUUGAACUGAAACAUCUGUGUCUGGAGUACAUGACACCUUGGUUACUGAAUCUUGUCCGCUUCUGUAAACUCACUGAUGAUGCAAAGCGUCAACGUGUCAGUGCAAUCCUGGACAAGUUGAUUACCAUGACCAUAAACGAAAAACAAAUGUAUCCUUCCAUACAGGCAAAAAUAUGGGGCAGUUUGGGACAGAUCACAGAUCUUCUGGAUGUGGUUCUUGACAGCUUUAUUAAAACCAGUGCAACAGGUGGAUUGGGAUCCAUUAAAGCUGAGGUCAUGGCAGAUACAGCCGUUGCUUUAGCAUCUGGCAAUGUUAAACUGGUUUCAAGCAAGGUCAUUGGAAGGAUGUGUAAAAUCAUAGACAAGACCUGCCUUUCCCCCACCCCUACACUGGAGCAGCAUCUCAUGUGGGAUGAUAUUGCCAUACUUGCCCGAUACAUGCUUAUGCUGUCCUUUAAUAACUCUUUGGAUGUGGCUGCCCAUCUUCCCUACCUCUUCCAUGUUGUCACGUUAUUGGUUGCAACAGGUCCUCUUUCUCUUCGAGCUUCCACCCAUGGACUUGUUAUCAAUAUCAUUCACUCUUUGUGCACCUGCUCACAACUCCAUUUUAGUGAGGAGACAAAGCAAGUCCUGCGGCUUAGUCUCACGGAAUUCUCUUUGCCGAAAUUCUAUCUACUGUUUGGGAUAAGCAAAGUGAAGUCUGCAGCAGUUAUAGCAUUCCGAUCGAGUUAUCGAGACCGAUCUUUUUCACCAGGUUCUUAUGAAAGGGAAACAUUUGCUCUGACGUCCUUGGAAACUGUAACAGAAGCACUUUUAGAAAUUAUGGAGGCUUGCAUGCGAGAUAUCCCAAAUUGCAAGUGGUUGGACCAGUGGACUGAGCUUGCUCAAAAGUUUGCAUUCCAGUAUAAUCCAUCACUUCAGCCUCGAGCGCUUGUUGUGUUUGGGUGCAUCAGCAAACGUGUUUCACAUGGACAAAUCAAACAGAUCAUUCGCAUCCUGAGCAAAGGACUUGAAAGCUGCUUAAAAGGUCCUGAUAAUUACAAUAGCCAAGUUUUAAUAGAAGCCACUGUGAUAGCACUAACCAAACUACAGCCGCUUCUUAACAAGGAUUCCCCUAUGCACAAAGCUCUUUUCUGGGUGGCUAUGGCAGUACUACAAUUGGAUGAAGUGAAUUUGUAUUCAGCGGGUACGGCUCUUCUGGAACAAAACUUGCACACGUUAGAUAGCCUUCGAGUAUUUAAUGACAAGAGUCCAGAAGAGGUUUUUAUGGAAAUCCGUAAUCCACUAGAGGAAUGGCAUUGUAAACAAAUGGACCAUUUUGUUGGCCUCAAUUUCAACUCAAACUUUAACUUUGCACUAGUUGGGCACCUGCUAAAAGGUUAUCGACAUCCUUCUCCUACUACUGUGGCAAGAACAGUACGGAUCCUUCACACUCUGCUUGCACUUGUGAACAAACACAGGAAUUGUGAUAAGUUUGAAGUAAAUACCCAGAGUGUUGCUUAUUUAGCAGCAUUGCUUACAGUGUCUGAAGAGGUGAGGAGUCGCUGCAGUUUGAAACACCGAAAGUCGUUGUUGCUGACAGAUGUUUCAAUGGAAAAUGUUCCUAUGGAUACAUAUCCGAUGCACCACAGUGACCCCACCUGCAGAACACUGAAGGAAAACCAGCCAUGGUCAUCCCCAAAAGGGUCUGGAAUGCACCUGGCCGCAAGUUACCCCACAGUUGGGCAGGUUAGCCCACGGACCCGAAAGUCUAUGAGUCUAGACAUGGGACAACCAUCACAAGCGAACACUAAAAAACUGCUAGCUAUGCUUCAUGUUUUAGGUACAAGAAAAAGCUUUGAUCAUUUAAUAUCUGACACUAAGGCCCCUAAAAGGCAGGAGGUGGAAUCUGGUAUCACUACACCUCCAAAAAUGAGAAGAGUAGCAGAAAACGACUAUGAUAUUGAUACACCAAGGAUAUCCUCCCCUCAACAACAUCCUCACUUGCGGAAAGUAUCUGUCUCAGAGUCAAAUGUGCUCUUGGAUGAGGAAGUUCUGACUGAUCCCAAAACUCAAGCUCUGUUGCUGACUGUCCUUGCUACACUUGUAAAAUACACUACAGAUGAGUUUGAUCAGCGAAUCCUUUAUGAAUACCUAGCUGAAGCUAGUGUUGUCUUCCCCAAAGUGUUUCCUGUGGUACAUAACUUAUUGGACUCGAAGAUAAACACCCUUCUGUCAUUGUGUCAAGACCCAAAUUUACUGAAUCCUAUACAUGGCAUUGUGCAAAGUGUUGUGUACCAUGAAGAGUCUCCGCCGCAGUAUCAACCAUCGUACCUACAAAGUUUUGGAUUUAAUGGGUUGUGGAGAUUUGCUGGUCCCUUCUCAAAGCAAACACAGAUCCCUGACUAUGCGGAGCUCAUAGUUAAGUUUCUUGAUGCCUUGAUUGACAAGUACUUGCCUGUUAUUGAUGAAGAAGCCAGUGAAGAGUCUCUGCUGACACCUACAUCUCCGUACCCUCCUGCUGUGCAGAGCCAACUGAGUAUUACUGCUAACCUUAACCUAUCCAACUCCAUGACCUCCCUUGCCACUUCCCAGCAUUCCCCAGGAAUUGACAAGGAGAACGUGGAACUGUCCCCCACCACCGGCCACUCAAACAGCGGUAGAACGCGCCAUGGUUCCGCGAGCCAAGUGCAAAAGCAGAGAAGUGCUGGCAGCUUCAAACGUCACAGCAUCAAAAAGAUUGUGUGAAGUUUUUUUUUAAUAGCCCUUUUUAUUUAUUUUACAGUUCCUUUUCUAAAACAGACUUACCUAAGCGGUCGGCCCUCCAGUGGCUCCGCGCACAAUAUGAUGCUGCACUUAAUUUUUUUAACGUUCCCAUGCAGUCAGCCAUGUCGCCAGAAGAUCAACACAUUGCUUGGACUUAACACCAUUUGGUUUCCUCCGCCUUUUCUCCUUAUUUUUUCUUUUCCCCCCGUUCUUUCCAUUCUUAAAGGGAACCAUGGUCACAAGGAUAUCAACAACUUGUGAAUUUCAGAAUGAAGGAUUUUGUAAUUUUGAUAAUGGUGGCCCAGCCUUUACUGCAUUAACUGUUCAAACAUUAGUGGCAUUAGUCUUUUUGCCUUGUUUUUUUUUUAUUACUGUUUGUGUUUGUUUCUGUUUUGCAUUUAACAAUGUUAAAGCUAAUUCUUUCUAGUGGCUUUGGUGGGAAAAAAAAAUCUUAUUUAAACGCCUCCCCCUUUGAAAUCACUUUUAGCUGUGGAUUUUUUUUUACCAAUUUGCUUAAAAUGAAACUUCCCAGUUUUUUUUCUUUUUGUAAAGGUACUUUAUAAGCAAAUAUGAGUCGCUGUUUAAAAGGGGCCACCAUACCAAUUAGAUUUCUGGGUACUUGCAAUAAAUUUCUCAAAUUAAUUAUAUUUUUAUUCCUAUAAAAGUAUAUAGAUAUAUAUUCCAAACAUUAUUGUUUGCGCUGUUAAAGUAUUGAAGCAUUUCUUUCAUCCUAAAUGCACCAGUGAUUUCUGUCCUUAAAAUGCACUAUUUCUAAAAGGCAGAAUAAUUUGAAAUGUUAUGUAAAUAUGUGUUUAUAUUCAUUUGACAAAAAGAAAAACUGUGUAGUUUUCAAGGUGAAAUUGUGGUAAGUAAAUUGCUUCCAUCUGUGUAGUAUAAGGGCUUUAACUGCUAUCUGCUUGACGAUCGUUUCCUUAACCCUUCCAGAGAGGUGUUAAAAGAAUUCUUGCACUUAGGGGCAUAGUCUUUGUGAAAGAUGUAUGCCGUCAUUAUGAUUGGGGCAUAAUUUGCAAUGUCUAAAACGUGAACAUUCACCCUUUGCUGUGGUGCACUGUUCUGUGCAAUGUUAAAAUAAUAAAAAUUAAAAAUAUAUAUAUAUAAAUACUGAGACCUUGGUUAGGUCAUAAAGAAACGGUACAUUUAAACUGACAGAAUCCUCCAAGCUGUGUCCGGGAGGAGCGGCAUCAUGAUACUCUUGAUGCACUUCAGCCGUUUUGAAGAAGCAGGCACAUGCUGUAUUAUGUAGAAACCUGUAAUCAUAUUAGAUAAAUGCUAUUUAAAAUCCUCGUAUUUCAUAUUGGUAUAUAGAAUGGCAAAUCUGCUGCAAAUAUUUAUAGUACUUAUGCUGACUAGUAACAUAAAAAUAUUGUUGUCCCAUAUGGCAGCCUAUCCCCUCAAAGAGGCAAAUUCGUAUGUUCUUUCUAAUCAGGAUGGUGGCUAAAUUAUAUUUUUUUUUUUUAACAAUAUGAAUAUUAACUAACGGAAUGGGGUCAUACUAGUUAGACCGGACACAUGUUCUCUCACUGUGACAUAUUAAUUCUGUCUUAGCGUGUAGUAUUUACAGUGACUGACUAAUCAUUUGAUACUGUCUUGCAAAUAACAUGCACCACUACAACAAAAUAGAAGAAAACGCUAUUUACCAGAUUUCUCGGCACUGUAUUGCUGUAAACACCAAGGUGAGGCGAUUGCAGAACAGGGCUUUAGACAUUUAUCCAGUUGAUUCUUAACUCAGAGGAAAAUGAUCCUUUUUGACAAUUCUAAGCAAAAGGGAAAGACAUCUAGGUGCUUGCUUUUAGGGCUCAAAUAUAUGUAUAAAUGAAACACAAAAUGAAGUGAUGCUCCUCUACAACUUAGAUCUUGGUCUGAGGACCAAGAAUGGCUUUAAGAUAAGAUACAAGUAUAAUUCUAUGUAAUAAGACUAUAGAGUGAUUUAAGUGUAUUUCCGUAAAUCAAAUUCCACAGCUAAACUAAUAUAACAAUGGUACAAAUACGUGUUGGGAUUUCAUAAGUAUAGCACAUAAUCUGCAUUUAUUCACAUAUAAGGUGUAAUUCACAGAUGUAAAUAAGCUCUUUUUUUGUUGGUUUUUUUUCCAAUUUUUUUUUUUAUGAUUUUGUGUUUACAGUUCUGGAAAAAACAACUGUGAACAGGACCUAUUAUGCAAAUAGUCUGCCAAAAUCCCACUGUACUUAGGUUUGGGUGUUGUCUUGUGAGCUGGAUGACCCAGGUGCACACAUGACAUUAUGGAUCUGAAUGGCCCAACUUAGCCUGAAAGAACUGAAUAUGCACGUCAGAGAUGAUAUAAUACUGUAUGUGUACUAUUAAGUGGUCAUGACUUUACUAUUACUGCAUGGAAAGCCAGUAACCUACCAGUACUAGCUUAAAGACAUGCUGGAUUUCCAGCAGGACAGAUCAUGUGCUUAAAGCAUUCCAUAGAUGCAAAAUACUUGUCAACUACACAGAAAGGGAGACACCUCUGUCUAAAAAUCUUCAUCUCUGAUUCAUGAUUCCACCCACCAUAAGGCAAGAUUGUCAGGAUGGUUAGCAAAUGUUUUACGUCAUUAGCCCCUCCCCAUUAUUCUACUUCUCUAUUUCAUCUAUUUCUAUCCCAUUGGCAUCCAGUUUGUGCAUUGUGAACCUGAAGUAAGCAUUUUGCACCAGUAGCAAACUAUCAACAAAUACAUGGCUUUUAUAUUGCACUUCACAUAACAGCAGCUGCAAUAGCUGAUCUGGGGGUGAAUAGUAGGGUUGUCCAGAUGGUGACCACCCUACAAAAUUGAAACCUCUCUUUGAAAAAUGGAGCCUCAACGCUCAUGUAUAAUGGAUAGUAAGUAGGAUUUGGCUGGAGUUGUAAAGCAGACAUCUUUAAUAAGCCGACCACACGGUGUAGCAUCUCUGAUGUGUAUAUUUGGCUCCUCAUAUUUGUAUUUGUAAGCCUAGAUAUCUCCCCUGCUCCCGAUGCUGGGUGUGGGAAGCCUGUAUGAUAUUAAGGUUGAGUUUUAGGAACUUUCCCUCCUCUUAAGCAUGUGGUAUCCAAUGUUAUGCAACCGACUUUUCCACAAAAAGUCACUUUUAAGUGUUAGCGACAUUACUUUUUUUAAUGCAGUACAUUCAUCUGUAAAUAUUUUUUGUGUAAAAUUUGACAGAAAAGUAUAUUUACUACACUGUAAAUACAUGUGACAAUAUAUUGUAUUAUUUUGCUUUUUUUGUAAAGCAGUUAGUUGCUGUACAUGUAUAACAUACAAAAUUUGAUUAUUCUAGUGUUAGUAAUUGUUAACUUCUCUCCUUCCUGCUGUUGAGUAUGUCAUUUAAAUGAAGAAAAAAAAGAUGCUGUGUAAUACAAACUCACUGUGUAUGAUAUAUUCUUUCCUUUCAGGCCAUACAAUUUCAAAUGUUCCUUUACUCCCUAUCCUGUUAAUAUUGUAAGCAAGUGUAUGCCAGCAGGAAUAAAACUGCCACCGCCAGCCAAACUGGCACCUAGAUACAAUUAGCAGAUAUGAUUUAUCAUAACUGUUCUCUACCCAAUGUUCCCUCAUGUAUGUACAUCCCCUUUUUUUGAAGUAAAAUGUAAAUUCAACCUG